AUGCCCGAAGAUUCGAAAAAAAGCAAUGAGAAAAUUAAAGAACGCAGAGAACGGAAACCUAGACACAGGAAUCAGAAAAAAGAAACUGAAAAUGUAGUUGAGAAGAAAACUGAGGAACCGAAAAAUGUGCCAAAAGUUACAGUACCACAGAAGCCAGUCUAUGAGCCUCCUCCACCGGAGUUUUACAAAAACUUGAAACGAGAAACCGAUGAUAUACUAAAAAUAACUGAAGAAGAGAAUUCAAAAUAUAAAAAGAAGGAGAUACAAAGCAACUGGGCCAAGUAUGAGGUGCCAAUUGAUAGCUAUGAGGAGAUUGAGGAGCAAGAGAACUUGGGCGCUGAUUAUGAGAAACUCAUACAAGCGCCUCUUUCAAUCGGCGGACAUUUUCAAUUCAAACAUGAAAAGUCUUGGGACAUAAACACUGGCCCUUCAUUAUACGAUAAAUACUUUGAUAUUAACAUGGAAGACCUGAAUAUUGCUCUCUGUUCCAUACCUUUUUACGAGAGAAACUCUAUAGACACUUCUAAUUUUAGUGAAACAGAUAUUCUGACUAUGAAUAACAGAGCAACGAGGUUCAAACAGAAAUAUUACAAUGACAAAUCAUACUCAACGCCAGAAACUGAAGCUCAAGAAAAAAUACUUAGUAAUCUUAUGGAAAGUCUUAAAGAGGAUAAUACUAAGGGAGACACAAGCAACGAUAUAGACAUAAAGUAUGAUAAUGCACGUAAAACUAGACUGGAGUCCGAGAAAUCGGAUAGUUAUGUAGAAUUGCAAACUGAAAAUAAUACUGAAAUAGCAAAUGCCGUUGAAGAAAAUUUGAAAACACAGGAACCUGUGAGUGAUGACACUCCGGUUAACAAAAUCGAAGUAAAGGAAGAUAAACUGGAUGAUUUUAUCUUUAGGGACACUAACAAAAAUGUAACAGAACCCAAAGUCGAUAAUGUUACGACGGCAAAUUCUGUAGAAAAACCUGUGUGCAAUAUUGAAACUGUUGAAAGUACUCCUGUAGUUGAAGAAGUACUGCCUACUGUUGCCGCAAAGACAACACCUAUUGUACCUAAAGGAAAUCCUGUGGCAAUUACUACUCCGGAAGUGACAAUCAAACCUGAAGAAACAAAGAAAAAUCCUGUAAUUGAAUCUCCAGAAGAUCUUGAGAAGUGGCUAGAUGACUUUUUAGAUGGUUAG